AUGGAGUUACUCAACCCAGAUCUUGAGAAAAACACCACCUUUGUGCAUCCUGCUUACUUUAUAAUAAGUGGAUUUAUUGACAUACCUGAUAUGAAGUAUUAUUAUGUCUUUCUCUUUUUUGUUUACAUAGUUUCAGUGCUGGGAAACACAGCUGUGAUGGGAAUAAUAUGCUUGGAUCAUACUCUGAGAACUCCAAAAUAUAUUGCAGUGUUUAAUUUAGCAUUUGCAGACCUGGUUGGUAGCUCUGCUUUGGUGCCAAAAGUAUUUGACAUUUUUCAGUUUGACCAUCCCUACAUUGUCUACAAUGACUGCUUUACAUUUAUGUUUUUCUGCUACGCCUGCCUUUCAAUGGAGCCUCUUAAUCUGGUUGCACUUGCCUAUGACAGACUGAUAGCCAUCAUCUUCCCACUGCACUAUCAAGUGAAGGUGACCCACAGGUUCAUGUUUUCUUUGAUUGCCUCUUUCUGGCUUUUUGCCAGUAGUGUUGUAGUUAUUGCAGUUGUCCCUCUAACAACACUUUCCUAUUGUAAAUCUGUGGUUAUUAAUAGUUAUUUCUGUGACUAUGCCUUGGUGCACAGACUCGCCUGCAAUGAAAAUAUGAUCAGGACCAGUCUGUAA